AUGUCACUCCAAGAACUCUACAACAAGCAUUGCUCACAGGGCAACAAAUACAGCUAUGGGACGUCCGGCUUUAGAAUGCACAAUUCCGUGCUAGACACAGUUAUGUUCUCCACAGGUAUUGUCGUUGUGCUCAGAUCCCUCUACUUAAAGUCGCAAUACGUCGGUGUCAUGAUCACUGCAUCCCAUAAUCCGCCACAGGAUAAUGGUGUCAAGAUCGUGGAACCCCAUGGCGAAAUGCUCGUCCAGGAUUGGGAGCCAAUUGCUACGCAAUUGGCAAAUGCAGCUGCCACCAGUUUCCAAGAAUUCGAAUCGACUUUGCAUUCGAUCGCCAAGAAGUUGGACAUCGACUUGGCUACUGACGAGCGGGCUAACGUAGUGGUUGCCCGUGAUUCCCGUGAAUCUGGCCCCCGUUUGCUGGCGGCCUUGAAAGCAGGUAUCUCGGUGUUUGCUAACACCAACGUUGUCGAUUUCGGCCUGUUGACCACGCCGCAAUUGCACUUCCUCACCCACAUCUUGAACUCCGAGGAGCCAGGUAGUAGUGUCGACGAGUCCCAGUAUUACUCCUACUUCCUUUCGAAGUGGGACCAACUAGCCGAAUUGUACCACUUGGAGUCGUUGCCCUUCCACUUGACCAUCGAUUGUGCCAAUGGGGUCGGUGCGGAAAAAGCGCAACAGUUGAUCCAAUUGGCUAAACCGCUCCUACAAAAAUCACUCUCCACCACCAAUGGCCAAACAGACAAGCCUGAACUGUUGAACGAGUCCUGUGGUGCCGAUUUCGUCAAGACAAACCAGUUCUUCCCGGCCAAUUGCACGCCAGAACCAGGCCAAUUGUACUGCUCGUUCGAUGGGGACGCAGACCGUGUUGUGUUCUACUACUGCGACUCCUCUGCUGAAAAAAAGUUCCACUUGCUCGACGGUGACAAGAUAGCUAUCCUACUAGCCAAAUUGCUAGCCAAGUUGCUACAGGAUGCCCAGCUAACGGCGGCGCUAUCGGUGGGUGUCGUCCAAACCGCCUACGCAAACGGCUCUUCCACAAAGUACAUCCAAGAAACGCUACAAAUCCCAGUAUCCUGCACCAAGACAGGUGUCAAGCACUUGCACCACGAGGCUGUCUCGAAGUACGACAUCGGAAUCUACUUCGAAGCCAACGGCCACGGUACUGCAGUCUUCUCGCCCAAAUUCCACUCCUUGGUGGAAGAAUCCCUAGCUACCACCCAAGAAAAGUCUGAAUCCCAAAUAAAGGCCCUCAAAUCCCUACAAUUGUUCAGUCAAUUGAUUAACCAGACCGUCGGUGAUGCCAUUUCUGACAUGCUAGCCGUCAUUGCCGCGUUGUGCAUCAUGAAAUUGACCCCAGAACAAUGGGACUCCUGGUACCAAGACUUGCCCAACAGAUUGACCAAAGCAAUCGUCCCAGACAGAUCCGUGUUUGUUAGUACAAACGCAGAAAGACAAUUGGUCUCUCCAGAGGGCCUACAGGCAAAGAUCGACGCCAUUGUGGCCCAAUAUCCCCAAGGUAGAUCUUUUGUCAGAGCCAGUGGUACAGAGGAUGCCGUUAGAAUUUACGCCGAAGCAGACACAACAGAAAAUGCUGUCGAAUUGUCUUCUAGAGUGGCAGAAUUACUAAAGUAA